CGGCAUCGGAAUUCGGAUAUCCGAUAUUUGCCGAGCCAAAGCCGAACGAAGGUCACGCCUCCUGCGUUCACUUCACUUCACUUCGCUCCGCUCCCCACUACCGUUCACUCUAACAAUUUUGUAUACCGAAUCAGGUGGACACAUCACAUACUGAAAGCCUGUUGCCAGGCAUGUGAAUGCACGCAUACACAUCCUAGCUACUACUGAUGGCGUUGGCAGGCCAUGAUGGAGUUCUUACCAAGACGUUCGGUAGCAAGGCUGUUCCGGUGGACCAUUGCAGCGGCUACAAUAAUGCUAUUCUGGCAGUCUUCUCACCUACCGCGAAAAAUCACUCGUAAUGCAAUGCGCAGUGUCUCCAUUCUCCUAAUCCAGAAGGCGCCCGCCGUAGAGCUUUCUGGCCUUCAUACCCGCCUUCCGGGCUACAGAUCUUCCGGUGACUUGCCAUUCCAUUCUCCAACGGCCCAGAGCUCGCGCGUACUAGGCUCUUCCGGCUCUUUGUUCACGUGUCGUAGAGCGAUAGGGCAUGAUCAAGAUGAAGUUUGGUUUCCCUCUCAUGUCUCAGACCGUUCUCACUUUCACUCAGCCACAUGCUAACCUACGCUCAUCGCUCCUUCUUUCCUUGCUCUCACCGGUGGCGGCACGUCCCGGUUUCGUGUAACUCGG